UGGACCCCCCCUUUUCCCGGACCCCCAACCUGACUCUUGCCUCCAGGCCCCUCUGCCUUACUCUGGGGAAAGAGCCAGGAUCGCGUCCCCCCCAACCGAAGACAAGAAAGGAUAUGGGGCAGGAGAGAGCCGUAAAUCCCAAUUUUAUUUUUUAAGGUCCCCAUCCUGCGCAUCGGAAACACCCGCCCCCCGGAAAAACCCCUCUCGGCUGCCGCUGCUCCCCCCGCCUCCCCGGAUUAUGCUGGUCGCUCCCUCCCUCUGCUCCAUCGUGUGGCUGAGUCGCGGGUUCAAGUUGCGGGAGCGCGGCUGCACUUAAGGGGCUGGCCGGGCGCUGCGCCGACGCCGCCCGGCGCCUCCUCGCUCCGACCCCCGGACCCCCCAGACCCAUGCGGAGCCCCCAGGGAGCGUAGCGGAGAGGGGCGCCUUUCCUCAUCCCUCUGCGGAGCGCUUUCCUCCGCUCGCUCCUCCCGGGAAGCAUGGGCAGCGCCGACGGCUUCCAGUACCGGGCCUUGUACCCGUACCGCAAGGAGCGGGAGGCCGACAUUGACCUGCUCCCCGGAGACACCCUGGUGGUCAGCAAGGGGGCGCUGCAGGCGCUGGGGUUCAAGGAGGGCGACGAGCAGACCCCCCACCAGAUCGGCUGGAUCCUGGGGGUCAACGAGCGGACCAAGCAGAAAGGCGACUUCCCCGGGACCUACGUGGAGUACGUGGGGCCGGUCAAGAUACCCCUGCCGCCCCACCGGCCCCGGGGGAUCAGGCCCCUGCCGGCCGCCCCAGCGUCAAAAGAGGAAGCAGGACUGGCUCUCCCCGAACUCUCUGAGCAGUUUGCUCCCCCCGAGGUGGCGCCCCCCCUGCUGUGCAGGCUGGUGGACGCCAUUGAGAAGAAAGGGCUGGACAGCGCAUCUCUCUAUCGGACGUCCUGCUCACAGCUGAGGCUGGGAGCUGACUGGGCUGCGUCCGGCGACUUGGACGCCUUCGAUCUCCCGUCUCUGGGAGAGGCUCUCAAGGGGUACCUGCAAGACCUGCCCACCCCGGUGGUCCCGCCCGGACUCGGGUGCGAAAUCCUGCGCAUCCUCCAGGACGCGCCCCCACUGGACUCCGGCCGGCAGCAUCUCCUGUCUCUCCUGGCGCCGCCCGCCAUGCCCCUGGCACACCUGCUGACGCUGCAGUUCCUCCUGCGCCACUGGGCCAAGGUGGCCGAGCAGGCCGAGCGCAACGGGCUGGGGCCCCGGGCCCUGGGGGAGCUCUUUGGGGGCCUGGUCCUGCGGGGGGCGCCGGCCGCCAGUGCUGAGGGGACCCCAGAUUUCUCUGCCCUUUUCCUGGAGCUGCUCCUGGAGGCGAAAGACCCCGAGGCUGAUCUGCCCCCGCCAGCCCUGCCCCCCAAACCCAAGCCGGCAGCCUCAGCCCCCCUGGCCAACGGGAACGGCACCACCCUCCAGGACGCCGAGUGGUAUUGGGGCGACAUUUCCAGGGAGGAAGUGAACGAGAAGCUCAGGGACACCCCAGACGGGACCUUCCUGGUCCGGGACGCAUCCAGCAAAAUCCAGGGCGAAUACACGCUGACGCUCAGGAAGGGCGGGAACAACAAGCUGAUCAAGAUCUUCCACCGCGAAGGGAAGUACGGCUUUUCGGAGCCGCUGACCUUUGGCUCGGUGGUGGAGCUGAUCACCCACUACCGGCACGAGUCCCUGGCCCAGUACAACGCCAAGCUGGACACCCGACUCCUCUACCCCAUCUCCAAGUACCAGCAGGACCAAGUGGUGAAGGAGGACAGCGUGGAGGCCGUCGGGGAGCAGCUGAAAGUCUACCACCAGCAGUACCAGGACAAGAGCCGGGAGUAUGACCUGCUCUACGAGGAAUACACCCGCACCUCCCAGGAGCUGCAGAUGAAGCGGACGGCCAUUGAGGCCUUCAACGAGACCAUCAAGAUCUUUGAGGAGCAGUGCCAGACGCAGGAGAAGUGCAGCCGCGAUUACAUCGAGCGCUUCCGCAGGGAGGGGAACGACAAGGAGAUCCAGCGAAUCCUGAUGAACUCGGAGAAGCUGAAAUCUCGCGUUGCCGAAAUCCACGACAGCAAAAUGCAGCUGGAGGAGGACCUGAAGCAGCAAGCGUCCGAGAACCGGGAAAUUGACAAGCGCAUGAACAGCCUCAAGCCGGACCUCCUGCAGCUGCGGAAACUGCGCGACCAAUACUUGGUGUGGCUGACCCAAAAGGGGACGCGGCAGAAGCAGAUCAACGAGUGGCUGGGGAUCAAGAACGAGACGGAGGACCACUACUCCAUGAUGGAGGACGAGGAGGAGCUCCCUCACCACGAGGAGCGGACGUGGUACGUGGGCAAGAUCAACCGCACGCAGGCCGAGGAGAUGCUGGCCGGCAAGAGGGACGGCACCUUCCUCAUCCGGGAGAGCAGCCAGCGCGGCUGCUACGCCUGCUCCGUCGUGGUCGACGGCGACACCAAGCACUGCGUCAUCUACAAGACGGCCACCGGGUUCGGUUUUGCGGAGCCCUACAACCUCUACGCCUCCCUCAAGGAACUGGUCCUCCACUACAAACACACCUCGCUGGUGCAACACAACGACUCGCUCAACGUCACCCUGGCCUACCCCAUUUUCCCGCUGCCCCCCAGAUGAAGGCCGGGUUGGGGGGCUCUCUGCUCCACGAAAUUCCCCCUCCCCGAAAAACUGCCCCUUUCCCCCUCUCUAUACCUCCUCUCCCUUUCGCCCCCAAACCCCAAUAUAUAUAUAUAUAUAUAUAUAUUUCAAUUAUUUUCCUUUGCAACAGCAUUCGGGGGCUGUUUUCCUUUCCAACUUUCCCCUUUCUUUUUGGUGCUAGCAAUGCUUUCUCCACUGGGGGGGGCAGCGACUUUCCUAAAGCUUUUUCAGGUCCCCCCCUCCUAAAAAAACAACCAACGCUCCUUAUCUGUGAAGGACGGGCACAGAUCUUAUUUUUCUUGGCAGAGACAAAUCUGGUACUCGCUGUUCCCGUGGGGACAAUUUGGCUCCUUUUGUUUCGCAGGGGGGCACUCCUAUUUUUAAUUUUAUUUUUUACGCCGCCCCCCAGCCCUCCGCACUCGCCCCCCCCCAGCCCAACAGUGUUGGGUCUCCUAUGCAGAAUUAUGUUUCGUUUCUUCUUAAAUAUGCAAAAAAGAGAGAGAGAGGAAAACAAGCCCUCUUGCAGCCAUCUCCUAUCUCUCAAGUUAUUUUACCAGCUGCUGGGCAGGGAAAUAGAACCUAACCCCCCCCCCAAAAAAAAUCCCACUCACUUCCGUGUCUCUGCCUCGGUUUGCCACGGUUGUAAAAUGGGCGCAGGUUUUGCGUCCCCCGUGAGGCUUCCUUUUCCUGUGCCAGGAAAAAGUCUGGGGCGUUCUUGGGGUCCCCCCUUUCUCCUCUUUCCGUGUAAAGCCAUUUGUUGCCCCCCACCAAGCCAAGGGGGCGGAUAACGGGGGUAACAGGAACAAGCCAAUCUCUCCCCUUCCUAAAAUCGGGGUUCCCGUUUGCACACCCCAUGUGUGCCUGCUCUCUGCACCCCAAAGCCUGGAGCGGGGGGGCUUGCAAAAUCCUUUUUUCCUCCCCCCCGAAAAAGAGCCAUUUGAACACUACAAAUCUCCCCCCUCCCCUUGCGUAACAUGGGUUGUGUUUUGUGCGUGCGACAGGCCUUGUUCGGGUCCGCCAUUCGAACCCAGGACCGGUUCCUUUUUGUCUUCCUAGCAGGAAGCCCCUUAGGAUCUCCCCCCCCCAAGAAAUGCUCUCUUCCUCUCCCCCCAAAAAAUAAAAUCCAUAUUUUGGCACCCUACCAAAUAUGUGUGUGAGAGAGAGCUAGGGUUAUAACUUUUUGACAACCUCGCAGCUCAGCCGGAUGAACUUUUGCCUAAAAGCGAACCGUCUUGCCAUUUCCAAAUCUUUGGGGGAAAGGUUAUUUCUCUAAAUCAAGAAAUCAAUAAAUCGAUUUUUGCCCAGGGGACCGUAUAAUGCAUUUUGUAAUGUAUGCACAGCAUACAGGAAAAACAGAGCUUGCAAAUUUAAUUUAAUUUUCUUCGUUCAGAGCUUGCAAACUUCCGAAUACUUGUGCAUUGUUUUGUACAUUGCACACCCCUUAUUGCUUUGAAUAAAUCGAAGUGGCGGC